AUGUGUGACAACAAGUCAGUGAGAACGACUUCCAUCUUUGAGCAACAACUAAGAGUCAGACAUGGUGGCAAUGGGGUCUCUCAACAACUUUUGGACACAGGCACGGAAGGUGGCUUUAUCCUGAAUUUUCAGGAGGCUCGCCGCCUGCGCCUGCCCACCGCCAGCCCGCCCGCUCGCUCGCUCGGCCUUGCUGGGGACCUCGUCCCGCCUGAGCCUGCCACCACGAACAAGCUUUACAUGGGCAACCUCAAGGAAAGCAUGACCCCCACCGACUUGGAGAAAGUGUUUGCGGAACACAAGAUCUCCUACAGCGGCCAGUUCUUGAUCAAGUCCAGCUAUGCCUUCGUGGACUGCCCCAACGAGCACUGGGCGAUGAAGGCCAUCGAAACUUGCUCAGGGAAAGUAGAACUGCAAGGAAAACGCCUAGAGAUUGAACACUCCGUCCCCAAAAAACAAAGGCAUCGGAAAAUUCAGAUCCAAAAUAUUCCACCCCAGCUACGAUGGGAAGUCCUGGACAGCCUGCUUGCUCAGUGUGGAACAGCAGAGAACUGUGAACAAGUGAACACGGAAAGUGAGACGGCUGUGGUGAAUGUCACCUAUUCCAACUGGAAACAGACCAGGCAAGCCAUCAUGAAGCUGAAUGGCCACCAGCUGGAGAACCAUGCCUUGAAGGUCUCCUAUAUUCCCCUCGAGCAGACAGCACAGGGUCCUGAGAAUGGGCGCCAAAGGGGCUUUGGCUCUCAGGGUCAGCCUCGACAGGGCUCGCCUGUGGCAGCCGGGGCCCCUGCCAAGAAGCAGCAAGUGGACAUCCCCCUGUGGCUUCUGGUGCCCACCCAGUAUGUGGGCACCAUCAUUGGCAAGGAGGGCGCCACCAUCCAAAAUAUCACAAAACAGACCCAGUCCAAGACCGACAUGCACAGGAAGGAGAAUGCAGGUGCUGCCGAGAAGGCCAUCAGUGUCCACUCGACCCCCGAGGGCUGCUCCUCCGCCUGUAAGAUGAUCUUGGAGAUCAUGCAUAAGGAGGACAAGGACACCAAAACGGCUGACGAGGUUCCCCUGAAGAUCCUGGCCCAUAAUAACUUCAUGGGGCGUCUCAUUGGCAAGGAGGGGCGCAACCUGAAGAAGGUGGAGCAGGACACGGAGACGAAAAUCACCAUCUCCUCGCUGCAGGACCUCACCCUCUAUAACCCCGAAAGGACCAUCACCAUGAAGAGGGCCAUCGAGAACUGCUGCAGGGCCGAGCAGGAGAUCAUGAAGAAAGUUCCGGAGGCCUAUGAGAAUGACGUGGCUGUCAUGAGUCUGCAGUCUCAUCUCAUCCCCGGCCUGAACUUGGCUGCCGGGGGUCUUUCCCCAGCCUCGUCCAGUGCAGUCCUGCCGCCUCCCAGCAGUGUCACGGGAGCUGCUCCCUAUAGCACCUUUAUGGCUCUGGAGCAGGAGAUGGUGCAGGUCUUCAUCCCUGCCCAGCGGGGCGCCAUCAUCGGCAAGAAGGGGCAGCACAUCAAACAGCUCUCCCGUUUCGCCAGCGCCUCCAUCAAGAUUGCUCCUCCGGAAACUCCUGACUCCAAAGUUCGUAUGGUCAUCAUCACUGGACCCCCAGAGGCCCAAUUCAAGGCUCAGGGAGGAAUUUAUGGAAAACUCAAGGAGGAGAAUUUCUUCGGUCCCAAGGAGGAAGUAAAGCUGGAAACCCAUAUCCAGGUGCCAGCUUCGGCGGCUGGCAGGGUUACUGGCCAAGGUGGCAAAACAGUGAACGAGAUGCAGAAUUUGACAGCAGCUGAAGUGAUGGUGCCAAGAGACCAGACCCCUGAUGAGAACGACCAGGUCAUCAUUAAGAUCAUCGGGCAUUUCUAUGCCAGCCAGAUGGCUCAGAGGAAGAUCCGAGACAUCCUGGCCCAAGUUAAACAGCUGCACCAAGAGGGACAGAGUAACCAGGCCCAGGCGCAGAGGAAGUGA